AUGAUCGACAAAAUAUUUGGUGAUGCAGCACUUAACGAUACCAGACAAGUGAAUAGUGCUUUUUUUAGGGAGCCAUCAAAUAAUAGUGAUCUGUUCUCUGUUUCCAAAAAAUAAACCACAUGCAGUGUUAUCCCUAACAGUCAACAACCGUAGAAUCUACUGGUUAAUAGGCCAUCUACCUGGCUGCCCACUCCUUUUGUGAAACAAUUAUUUUGGUCCUUAAAAACAAAUUAGUUAUCAUAAUCAUCGAUAUAUAACUGUUCUGUUGUAGUUAGCUGACGUGAAAAUGAUCUGGUUGCCAUAGUUAAGUGAAAUGAUAAUACUAUUACAGUAAACAAGAGCUUCUGAACAGAGCGAAUUUUUGUUAUUGGGAUUGAAAAUUUGCCGGAGCUCCUCACCCUUGCAACGUGAUUUUCUUAUAGUUGAUUAAUAAUUUUAAUCUUUCCUUAUUGUCUUCUCUUGAUUUAGCCGGGGUAAAUUUGUCGAUCGGACAAUCACCUUUCACUUUUAUUAAUGAUAAUGGAACCGCGUUUUUAUUCCUUCACUUUUUGGCACCAAAGUUUAGCAACAGUUUGGGAUAUAUAGAUGUGCGUUCAACCUAUCAAAUAAGCACUCUACAGUGGCAGUAUUGGCUACUUACCAAAGUAUUCAAACCUUUUUUACUCAACUUUGACUUGUGGUUAAAUUUUGACUCGUCAAUUUGAAUAACGACCCCUGGUCCACCAAGCCUUGGGAUUGGGUGUAAGAUUAGAGCCUGCCAGGCCCCUUCUCUACAUUUUCGAGCCAUAUCGACGCAGACAGGGGUUAUCGCGUGAUAACCGUCCAACCACCUGACGUAAAGUAGCCAAUUGUGUAACUCAUAAGAUUACGUGAUGGUCACAAUAAGCUGCACUAUAUUGCAUUCGAAUUGUGAUACUCGAAGUAUAUAACAUAAACGGAAGUUAUUGGACUGGAAAGAACUUAAUUAGAUUCGCAAUUUCAUUGAUAGUUUCUGUUACGCCUUAUAGUGACAGGCCUGUAUCUGGGAGGAAUUCACGCCCGUUAUGAAGGAGUUCUGAAGAUAAUGGAACAGAGAAAGUGUUUCCUUGCCAAGGCUAUGGAGAAAUAUGGAGUGGUCAGAAAUACGCUGAGGGGAUUCAUCGGAAUUUGUGAGCUAAAAAUCUUGGACAGAAAUAGGUUCAACACGUUUGUUUCCACGGAGAGGGAGUGUUGUGGAAAGCCGUCGGUCAAAGACAUCGAGCUACGUUGCCGAGCUGCCCUGUCAGAGUACAGGGCGCAGUCCAAACGAUCCAAAGAAGAAGGCAGACUUCUUCCUUUCUUUCCUACAGAAAGCUUUUACACCGGAAAAUAA